AUGGGGAAUGUUACUGGGUGCAUAGAGAGGGAGAGACAAGCUCUCCUUCACUUCAAACAUGGCCUUGUGGAUGACUUUGGCCUUCUUUUCUCAUGGGGAGACGACAACAGAGAUUGUUGCCAAUGGAGAGGAGUCCAGCGUAGUAACCAGUCAGGUCACAUCAUCAUGCUUCAUCUUCCUGCCCCGCCAAAUGAAGAAUAUGAUGAAUAUGGUAUUUACCAAUCUCUUAGAGGCGAUAUAAGUCCUUCGCUGCUUGAAUUGGAGCACUUGACUCAUUUGGAUCUCAGCUGUAAUGAUUUUGAAGGGAGGCACAUACCUCCAUUCCUUGGUUCCCUCAGCAGAAUGCAGUACCUCAAUCUCUCUCAGGCCAAUCUCGCUCAAACUGUUCCCACUCAACUGGGGAAUCAUUCCAACUUGCUUUCCCUUGAUCUCAGCGAUAAUUAUUUGAAUUUUGGGAACCUUGAGUGGCUUUCUCGUCUUUCUUCUUUUAAGACACCUUGA